ACGAAAGGGGCUGUCGUAAAGGAGGCACCGCUUCCUCCUCUUCUCCCGCCUCCCACCGGCUGUCGUAAAAGGGUGAAUGGAGAGCGAAUUGUGGGGGGGGAAAGAGGGAAAAUAGGGGGCGCGGAGUCGGAGUGGCGCAGCAAGUGGCUGCAGGUGGUGACGGUGGCGGCGGGUAGGGAGUGAGGUAGGGUAGGGGUCGAGGAGGAGGAGGCCCAGCGGGUCCCAGGAAAGCUGAAGCUGCAGUCUGGCCUACUUGCCCGGGGGCCGCGGAGCCCCCAGCCGGGAAGAUGGACCUCAACCGGAUCAUCCAGGCGCUGAAGGGCACCAUCGACCCGAAGCUGCGCGUCGCCGCGGAAAGCGAGCUCAACCAGUCCUACAAGAUUAUCAAUUUUGCCCCCAGUUUACUUCGGAUUAUAGUCUCUGACCAUGUGGAAUUCCCAGUUCGCCAGGCAGCUGCUAUCUAUCUGAAGAACAUGGUGACACAGUACUGGCCAGACCGAGAACCUCCACCAGGAGAAGCAGUCUUUCCAUUCAACAUUCAUGAAAAUGAUCGCCAGCAGAUACGUGAUAAUAUUGUGGAAGGGAUAAUUCGGUCUCCUGAUUUAGUGAGAGUCCAGUUAACAAUGUGUCUCCGUGUUAUCAUUAAACAUGAUUUUCCUGGUCACUGGCCAGCGGUGGUUGACAAGAUAGACUAUUACUUGCAAUCACAGAACAGUGGAAGCUGGCUUGGCAGUUUAUUAUGUCUAUAUCAACUGGUGAAGACUUAUGAAUAUAAGAAAGCAGAAGAAAGAGAGCCUCUUAUUGCAGCAAUGCAGAUAUUUCUGCCACGUAUUCAGCAACAGAUCAUGCAACUCCUUCCGGAUUCCUCCCAUUAUUCUGUGUUACUACAGAAACAGAUUCUGAAGAUCUUUUAUGCACUUGUUCAGUAUGCAUUGCCUCUUCAACUGGUGAAUAACCAAACAAUGACGACAUGGAUGGAGAUCUUCCGAACCAUCAUUGACCGGACAGUGCCCCCGGAGACGCUGCAGAUUGACGAGGAUGAUAGACCAGAACUGGUGUGGUGGAAGUGUAAGAAGUGGGCACUGCAUAUUGUAGCUCGUCUUUUUGAGCGGUAUGGAAGCCCAGGAAAUGUCACAAAAGAAUACUUUGAAUUUUCUGAAUUCUUUUUGAAAACCUAUGCAGUGGGAAUUCAGCAGGUGCUACUAAAAAUUUUAGAUCAAUAUAGACAGAAAGAAUACAUUGCACCCCGUGUUCUUCAGCAAGCAUUCAAUUACCUCAACCAAGGGGUUGUGCAUUCUGUAACCUGGAAACAGAUGAAGCCACACAUACAGGAAAUCUCUGAAGACGUGAUUUUUUCUGUGAUGUGCUAUAAAGAUGAAGAUGAGGAGCUAUGGCAAGAAGAUCCAUACGAAUACAUAAGGAUGAAAUUUGAUAUUUUUGAAGAUUAUGCUUCUCCCACUACAGCAGCCCAGACUCUUCUAUAUACUGCUGCAAAGAAAAGGAAAGAGGUGUUGCCAAAAAUGAUGGCGUUCUGUUACCAAAUCCUCACAGACCCGAACUUUGACCCUAGGAAGAAAGAUGGGGCCUUGCAUGUGAUUGGUUCCUUGGCGGAGAUUUUAUUGAAGAAAAGUUUAUUCAAGGACCAAAUUGAGUUAUUUCUACAGAACCAUGUGUUUCCACUAUUACUGUCUAACCUGGGAUAUCUUCGAGCUAGAUCCUGCUGGGUGCUUCAUGCAUUUAGUUCUUUGAAGUUUCAUAAUGAGCUCAACCUGAGAACUGCUGUGGAAUUGGCAAAGAAGAGCCUGAUUGAAGAUAAGGAGAUGCCUGUCAAAGUUGAGGCUGCCCUCGCCCUCCAGUCAUUAAUUUCUAACCAGAUACAAGCUAAGGAAUAUAUGAAGCCACAUGUGAGGCCCAUUAUGCAGGAGCUGUUGCACAUUGUCAGAGAGACAGAAAAUGAUGAUGUUACUAAUGUCAUCCAAAAGAUGAUAUGCGAAUAUAGUCAGGAGGUAGCAUCAUUUGCUGUCGACAUGACCCAACACUUGGCUGAGAUAUUUGGCAAAGUUCUUCAGAGUGAUGAAUAUGAAGAAGUUGAAGACAAAACAGUGAUGGCAAUGGGAAUUUUACAUACUAUUGAUACUAUUUUAACAGUUGUAGAAGAUCAUAAAGAGAUUACACAGCAACUAGAGAAUAUCUGUCUACGGAUUAUUGAUCUUGUUAUACAGAAACAUAUAAUGGAGUUCUAUGAAGAAAUUCUUUCACUGGCAUACAGUUUAACCUGCCACACUAUUUCCCCUCAAAUGUGGCAGCUUCUAGGUAUUUUAUAUGAAGUUUUUCAGCAGGAUUGCUUUGAAUACUUCACAGACAUGAUGCCUCUCCUGCAUAAUUAUGUGACAAUAGAUACAAACACCUUACUCUCAAAUCCAAAGCAUUUAGAAGUACUUUUUACAAUGUGUAGAAAGGUCCUGUGUGGAGAUGCAGGAGAAGACGCCGAAUGCCACGCAGCCAAACUUCUAGAAGUCAUCAUUCUUCAGUGCAGAGGAAGGGGAAUUGAUCAGUGCAUCCCACUCUUUGUCCAACUUGUUCUGGAGAGAUUAACCCGAGGGGUCAAAACAAGUGAGCUCCGCACAAUGUGUCUGCAGGUUGCGAUCGCUGCCCUGUACUACAACCCUGACCUGCUGCUGCACACCUUAGAACGAGUUCGGCUGCCUCACAACCCUGGACCUAUUACUGUACAGUUUGUAAAUCAGUGGAUGAAUGAUACAGAUUAUUUUCUUGGGCAUCAUGACCGGAAGAUGUGUAUAAUAGGACUGAGCAUCCUUCUGGAAUUACAAAAUCGACCUCCUGCAGUAGAAGCUGUGGUGGGACAAAUUGUUCCCUCAAUUCUUUUCCUUUUCCUUGGCCUAAAGCAGGUCUGUGCUACUAGACAACUGGUAAACCGGGAAGAUCAUUCAAAAGCAGAGAAAGCUGAUAUGGAAGAAAAUGAGGAGAUUUCCAGUGAUGAGGAGGAGAUGAAUGUGAGUGCUCAAGCCAUGCAGUCAAAUAACAGGAGGGGUGAGGAGGAGGAGGAGGAGGAGGAGGAGGAGGACUGGGAUGAAGAAGUGCUGGAAGAAACUGCCCUGGAAGGGUUCAGCACUCCGCUUGACCUCGACAACAGUGUGGAUGAAUAUCAGUUUUUCACACAGGCUCUGCUGAGUGUGCAGAGUCGGGAUGCUGCCUGGUACCAGCUGCUGAUGGCCCCUCUGAGUGAUGACCAGAAGAGGAUGCUGCAGGAGGUGUACACGUUGGCAGAGCACCGAAGGACGGUGGCAGAGGCAAAGAAGAAGAUUGAACAGCAGGGUGGCUUCACGUUUGAAAACAAAGGCGUUCUCUCUGCAUUUAACUUUGGGACUAUGCCCAGCAACAACUGAAGAAAGGGACAUCAGCUGAUGUGUCACAGAUGUGUGUGAUUUCACAGGGUGUGAGGUCAGGGGUGGAGGUGAGGGAUGCUUUCAGGGCCUCCUGCCGCACCAGGCAGCACUUCUGUCCACUCCUUUCCCUGUGACCCUGCCCACCCCGAGACACAUAUUUUCAGCAGCUACUGUAAUGUAUGAGUGUCAGGAAAACAGAAUCGUUGCAUUGAAAAGGACAACCGUCUGCUCCACACACCGAAAGCCCCGGGUGGCUUUUACAGGAUUGGGUCAACAUGCACGUCUCAGGUUUUUGCCGUGCAGAAUCAAUAGAUUUAUGCGGAUAACAGUGCCUUCUGUUGUACAUGAAUUAUCAGAACAUUUUUUGGAGUGUAUUACAAUUUUUUUAAAGCAUAAAACAUAUUUCUAGAUAUAAUGUAAACCUUGGUUACAUGUUGACUUAUUCUGCAUUUUACUCUGUGAAUUUACUGUUAGGCAGUUAGCUGCAAGUCAUUCUGGUUUCAGAAACACCACUGCUCCCUUCGCCCACCUGACCUGCUGCAGGGGCUCUCUUCAGGGGUUGUAAAAUAUGCACUGGCUCUGGUUUUUCGUAAGAUGUUCUGUGACUUUCUUAAGUAGUGUCUUAGUCCCCCUUCCACCAUACUUUUCUACCUUGAAAGGGGUGGUAUUUCUUUCAAGAUCAGCAAAUAUGUGUAUCAGUUUCAUUUGUAACCUGGUAAGUGUAAGUUCAGGAACCAACAGUUGUUUGGCAGCAUGUGGCAGGGCCUUAUUUGUCACUGGUGUUAACGGCAAGUCUGAGUGCAUUCUGAAUCAUGUUCUUAUGCAGUGAAUUAAUUGUUACACCUGUAGCACAUGCGCUGCUAGUAGAGAGGUGCUCCACGUUCAUGUUGUCCCAUCUUCAGUAACUCAUCAUUCCGGCUGUGUUGGGCCAGGGUCCAAAGCAUUUUAUAAUGGCAUUUUUUUUUUUUAUUUAACAAAAGAUCCAAACAAAUGUAAUUUCUUGCUUUCUCACACAGCUGAAUUUUUUCCUACCUAAUUUGUUUUAGUCGUUAUUAUAGCUCAGUUUGGCUUCUUAGGUUUUCUAAGCAUUGAGUGUGGUAAGAUGAUCUACAGGAAAUAUUGCAGGUGGGAGGUUUUUCUGAAUUAUUCAGAACACAGAUCACUGUGUAUUCAUUUAGUACAAUGAAAUGUACCUUGAGAACUUGGCAUAUUAUGGGGUGUGAUUCAGAUUUUCCUUGUUUUCUUUUCCUGUGGGAUGUCUGCAGGUUAAAUUUCCCAUCCAUGACUAGUGAAAGUUUUCCCAGGUGCUUCCCCUAUUACCAUCCCUUAUUCACAUUAACUGUUUAAAAUUUUAGGUUAUUUAAGUAAUUUUUUAUAGGAAUAGCCUGACAAGCCAUGAGUUUUGGAAUCAAAUGACCCUUUGCUUUCCCACCCUUCCUUCUCGAGGCAUUGAAGCUGAGUGUCUGUCUCCCCCCACCCCCUGGCAAUUAGAAGAUGGCACUGGGGGAAAUUUUAGAGGAUUUCGAAACUUAUGUCCUAUAAGGUCUAAUUUUAACGUAAUUAUAAUGCCUUCACACUGGAUUGUACAAGGCAUGUGAUUUUAAAGAUUUAUUUUGUGAUGUAUUGUCUUCUGCAGUAUUAAAGGGAAAGAAGUAUUAAUGUGUAUCACCUUAUCUUGUUUUUAAGCCAGGGUAGUUGUAUGAUUUUGUUACCAGCAGAGCUAACCUGAAUGUGAUCUGGUUACCUUGGAAAUGCAGGAACUUACAUGAAUGUACUGUACAAUAAAAUGAGAACUGAUUCCCAGGAUUCCAAA